AACGCAAUAAUUCCGAAUAUUUAGUACUACCUAGUACACUACUAUUCACUGAAAAUGGCGGAGAGUGAAAGCCCAAAAGCCCAAACCGAUUCUCCUAUUCGAAAAAAGCAAAAAGUUGAAACAACACCUGAUAAAAUUCCUCGAAAUGAUUCCACCGACGACGUAGACGAAUUCCUCAAACAAGUUCCAAAUUUUCAAGUGGAGAAAGUUUUGAGGAAUGACAUUAUGAAUAAGCGAAUAGCAUUGCAAGGAUUAUUCAAAGGACAGACCGAAACAGUGUUGGUGGUUAUGGAAAAAAAGAUAUUCCCGGAGGAGCCGGAGAUUUUACAGGGAUUUUUCGAUAGCAAUACACGUUCGAAGAAAAAUUAUCGGAAUGAUGUUUAUCGGGGAUACGAUUGGUUCCCGGCGAGCGAAUGCAACGGUUUGAACGUAACAAUAACAUAUCCUGCAACUAAGAAGCAUCUUGAAAAAUGGUGCGCACCACGGUAUUAUUUAAUUGAAGAGACACCGGAAUUGUUUGAACAGGUCACUCUACCGAGACGCCUUGCAGCAUCAUUAUCCCUGCAGUGGGUGGAUAAUAUUUUGAAUGGUACAGCCGAGCUUGACAGAGUCAUAUACAAUGACAAGGACAAUGACACGGGCUUUGUUUUGGUGAAGGAUCUCAAAUGGGACGAUCAAAUUCAAACUCUAUAUUUAUUGGCAAUAACAAGGCAAAGAAUACCUUCAAUUAGAGAAUUGAAUGCCACUCAUCUGCCUCUACUGAAAAAUAUCAAAGAAAAUGCGUGUAAGAUUAUUGAGGAGCGAUACCACGUACCGAGAUCAGAAUUGAAGAUUUUCUUUCAUUAUCAACCGAGUUUUUAUCACCUCCACGUGCAUUUUACAAGUUUUGGGGUAGAAAAUGCUGGUGCAAUUAUUGAAAAAGGACAUCUAUUAACAACAGUAAUCAAUAAUAUUGAGAUGGUGCCCGAUUACUAUCAGAAGGCAGUCCUCUUAUUCCGCGUCCCAAAAUUAUCGGCUUACCAACCCUACGAAGACUACUUAGAAGAAAAGAAAAGUGUAAAUUUGUCACGUGAAUCUGUAUAAAUCAAACUUACCCCGAAGCCAGUAUUUUUGUCAACAGAAAAACACGCCUGGCCGAGCAACAAUGUUGAAGAUGAAUUUUCCAUAUGAUAACCAUCAGAAUAUCUUCGAAUAAUUGAAUCUUUAUUGAAAGACGUCAGCAUUGUUUUCCUUAUUCGCAACAUAAGACGAUAAAUUAGCAUUCUCCAUUCACAUCUGAUGCUUUUGUAAAACUAUCAAAAUCAUAUUUUUAUAAAUAUAAAUCUCGUAUUCUCUGGA